UGUGAUUAUAAUCCAACGGUCCAGAUUCAUUAGAAGUUUCAAGACCAAACUCCAACUAACAAUAUAUCAUAUCACUUCAUCGCUAAAAGAAACAGAGAGUCUGCUCUUUACACUGUUAAAGGAUAAACCUUUGCGCCUCUCUGUUUUCUAAAACCCUAACCUCUUCAGCCACCAUAUCCUUCAAAACCUCUCAUUUUUCGGCAUCCAACAAUAAAUGGCGUCAACCUUUACUGCUAUGUCUUCGGUUGGGUCCUUAGUUGCUCCUAAUGUGGAUAAGAAAUUCGCCUCUACUUCAAAUAGGUUGUCAUCUUUUGCCUCAAUUUCUGGAAGUGCAUUUGGUAGGAGGCAAAAUGUAGUUCUACGUAGAUCGCGAUCUCCCAAGAUUUGUGCCAUGGCGAAGGAUUUGCAUUUCAACAAGGAUGGAUCAGCAAUUAAAAAGUUGCAAACUGGUGUAAACAAACUUGCAGAUCUAGUUGGGGUUACCCUUGGACCUAAAGGCCGAAAUGUUGUUCUUGAGAGCAAGUAUGGCUCCCCAAAAAUUGUUAAUGAUGGUGUGACUGUCGCUAAAGAGGUUGAAUUGGAGGAUCCAGUUGAGAAUAUUGGUGCGAAGUUGGUAAGACAGGCAGCCGCCAAGACAAAUGACUUGGCUGGUGAUGGCACCACAACAUCUGUUGUUCUUGCUCAAGGCCUUAUAGCUGAAGGUGUCAAGGUUGUUGCUGCUGGUGCCAACCCUGUAUUGAUUACUAGGGGUAUUGAGAAGACCUCAAAGGCUCUAGUGACUGAACUUAAGUCUAUGUCUAAAGAGGUUGAAGACAGUGAGCUUGCAGAUGUAGCAGCUGUUAGUGCAGGAAACAACUAUGAAGUUGGGAAUAUGAUAGCUGAAGCUAUGAGUAGAGUGGGUCGAAAGGGUGUUGUGACACUUGAAGAGGGAAAAAGUGCGGAGAACAGCCUCUAUGUUGUCGAGGGAAUGCAAUUUGAUCGUGGUUAUAUCUCACCUUAUUUUGUGACUGACAGUGAAAAAAUGGCAGUUGAAUAUGAGAACUGCAAGUUGCUUCUUGUUGACAAAAAAAUAACAAAUGCAAGAGAUCUCAUUAACAUUCUGGAAGAUGCAAUUAGAGGUGGAUACCCUAUUUUGAUAAUUGCUGAAGACAUUGAGCAGGAGGCUCUAGCAACACUUGUUGUGAAUAAGCUUAGGGGUGCUUUGAAGAUUGCUGCUCUUAAAGCUCCUGGUUUUGGAGAGCGCAAAAGCCAGUAUCUUGAUGACAUUGCUAUUUUAACUGGAGGAACUGUUGUCAGAGAGGAGGUAGGGCUUUCAUUGGACAAAGUUGGCAAGGAGAUCCUAGGCAAUGCAUCUAAAGUGGUUCUCACCAAGGAUACUACUACAAUUGUGGGUGAUGGAAGCACUCAAGAGGCGGUAACUAAAAGAGUUGCACAAAUUAGAAAUCUCAUUGAGGCUGCUGAGCAAGACUAUGAGAAGGAAAAACUCAAUGAGAGAAUUGCAAAACUGUCAGGUGGUGUUGCUGUGAUACAGGUUGGAGCACAAACUGAGACAGAGCUUAAAGAAAAGAAGUUGAGAGUUGAAGAUGCUCUCAAUGCAACAAAGGCAGCUGUGGAAGAAGGUAUUGUAGUUGGUGGUGGAUGCACCCUACUGAGGCUUGCAUCAAAGGUGGAUGCCAUUAAGGAUAGCCUUGACAAUGAUGAAGAAAAGGUUGGAGCGGAUAUUGUGAAGAGAGCUCUUAGCUAUCCACUCAAGCUGAUUGCCAAGAAUGCGGGAGUAAAUGGAAGUGUGGUCAGUGAGAAGGUGCUCUCUAGUGACAAUCCAAGGUUUGGAUACAAUGCCGCAACUGGGAACUAUGAAGAUCUAAUGGCUGCUGGGAUCAUUGAUCCAACUAAGGUGGUUAGAUGUUGCCUGGAGCAUGCAUCAUCUGUAGCGAAGACUUUCUUGAUGUCUGACUGUGUAGUUGUGGAAAUCAAGGAGCCUGAAGCAGUGCCUGCAGGCAAUCCCAUGGACAAUUCAGGAUACGGAUACUAAGAUCAUCUGUAGUGGGCUGAGGAGAGCAAAUAAAAGACAGGGACGGUCCCCAUGAUGAAACAAUUACUUUGAUAGGAAAUGAGCGUAACUUUUUGUAAAUUAAUCAUCGAAUUGAGUAGGAGUUACAGAUUCUGACAGAGUGCGGCGGGCAGUUAACUGUAAGAUUGCAAUGAUUUUGAACCCUUGUUUGAGUUGAAGAAUCUUGUGCUCAUGCUUUGUGUUUUA